GGUAUCCAAGGCUACGGUGUAAUCAUCUCAGCCAGGCUGCUUUUCUGGAUCUUGAGGAGGAUCGAAAUUUUGUUUAGAUUUGAGAGAAAAACAGAAAAGUUAUGGCCAUGAUCAAGGAGAAGUUCCGAGAGACACAGGAAAUCCCAUCCUACGGGGACGGCGUCUCUAUCGAGAGGCUGGCCCACGAGAGAAACAACCGGCGGCAGAAGAGUCACGGGAAGCAGAAGAAAGAACUUGUGACAGUCAUCACGAAGGACCUGAUCAGAAAUCUCAUCGUGCCCUCGGAGGACCCGUCCGGAGAGUCCAUCGUCCUCCCCCGCGACCAGUUCUUCCGCAUCCUGCAGGCCUCGAGGGUACUCAGCAAGGAGGAGAGGGAGGCUCAGGCCGAGAGGAUGAAGGCAGAGAAAGAGAGAGCUAUGGACGAGGCCCAAGAGAGGAAGAACCAGAUGAAGCAGCUGGACGUGACCCGUCAGAAGAACGCCAAACUGAACGAUCUGGAGGAGGAAGCAAAAGAAAAGGCGGAGCAUUUGCUGUCCAAGGCCAACGAAAUGAGGCAGGAGCAAGAGGAUGAAAUCAAGCACCUGAAUGAGGUGAUCCUGAACGCCAAGUGCCACGCCAUCAGGGACGCCCAGAUCCUGGAGAAAGACAUGAUACAGAAGGAGAUGAUGGAGGAGGAGAGGAGGCUGGACACCAUGAUGGAGGUGGAUCGUCAAAACGCCAUCUUGGUGACGGAGGAGAUCGAGAAGAAGCGCAAGGAGGAACAGCUGCUGGGGGCGGCCAAACUGAUGGAGCAGAUGGACGAGAAUGAACAGGAGAGGCUGUUUGAGUUGGAGAGGAAGGAUCAGGAGAACAUACAGAUGCAGAGGUACAUAGAGAAGCUGAUGGAGGAGGACCAGGGCUCUCUGGAGCGCAAGAAACUGGAGCAACUGUCACUGAGGAGAGGCUGGCAUCCCAGACAAGUACUUGGCCCAGGUCGAGCGCAAGGUCAACGAGCCGCACAAGGUCAUGGUGUGAAGGUCGUGGACAUGACCCUGACCCAGUUGUAUAAUAUAGUGGAAGCUUCUCUUGAAAAUACUGAACUCAUUUUUAAUAAACCUGGAAGAAAUAAUAUUGAAUACUUAAGAGAUGAUGUACAUGCCUUUGAGAAAUCCUGUUUGUUACAAUUGUUGUGUACAGCGAGAGCUUCGACCUAGUUUUGGCAAACUAACAAAGCAGGAGAGUUCUUCUGGGUGAAAGGUGGCGGCCUGCGUGUUGUGAUCGAAACAGAAACGAGAGAAGUGUGUUUCUGAGACAAAAAUAUUGAACAAUGCUGUUGUCGGUGAGAUAAAAAUCUUCCCUGCGAGAAAUAUUAUUGUCGUUCCGUAUCUGUUGACCGUACACAGUAUUGCAGAGAUUGGGGUAGCGGGAAACUUCUGGCAUGCCUUAUGUGUCCUUAAUUGAUUUUGUCGGUGUAGGAAUCUGUUUUAGUUUGUUUGUUCAUGAGUGCUUCUUUAAUCAAAUUGAUGAAGGCUUCCUGCACACACUCCCGGCUCUGAGCGGGGAGGAAAUAUCCUCAUGUGGUUUGGGCCUGCUCGAGAUAAAAGAGGACCAGAUAAAAGAGGUUGAGA